UUUGCGAAAGAGAUUCGCCUUCGAGUUUUCUCCCAUGUCGGCUGGAGAGGUUAAGAAGGAGGUCCCACCGCUGGUGACGCACACUUACCCGUUGUGCAAGUACAACGACAUGUCGGAGGAGAUGAGGCAGGAAGUGACGGAGCUCUGCGUAACGGCCGUCGAAAAGUACGCCGACAAUUACGAGUUGGCAGCAAAGACGAUAAAGCACGCCGUGGACCAGAAAUUCAGUCCCCCGUUUCAAGUGAUCGUCGGCGAGUCGUUUUCCUUCUCGAUGACCUACCAGGAGAAGUCUCUGCUAUUCAUGUACACCGGGGGGAGCAUCGCCAUCUUGGUCUGGCGAACGGUCACCGGGUUCACGUAGAGUCGCGGAUUGGAUUUCACUUCGACCGUGUU